AGAGUUUUGAGUCAGUACGGUUUGCAGUGAUUUUUGCGGCUAUCUCGGAUAUUUUGGUGCGCGAAAUUCCGAAAGACUCACCUCAGUGUUCCUCUUGGAUUACCACAAUUGACAUCGUAAGACAGUGCACCAAGAUGAAAUCUCAAGUUGUGAUAUUCGUUUGCUCCGUACUGAUGGAUCUCAUGCUGAUGUCUGAAACAUCGAGGCUGCCCUUAGAUCAGUCACCUGUACAACCUGCGCAACCUUUGCAACCUUUGCCUGCGCACCCAGGCCCGGACCCCAUCUCCAGCAGAGCUGCCGAUCUCAACACUGCUCCCACGACUAACAGUGAGUCCUUUUCUCUUUCGAAGGGUCUCGGGAACAUAAGACGACACCUGUUUGAGAGGUAUUCUUCGAGCACCUUCGGAGGGUUAUUCCCGCAGCCGUACUGGAACAACAGGAACAACUACAACUCAUGGCCCUACCCGUACACCCCUGGUUUCCAGCCGAACCCCGGCUACAACCCUGCUAACCCGUACGAUGCGCAGCCAUACAACCCGUACUACCCUUACAACUACUUCGGAAGUUCCUACGGCAGCGGAGGCAACUACGGAUCCUCUGCUCCCAUUGGUGCUAUAGGCUCUGCUAAACCGGGCACAUCCAAAAUUUCCAAGACUUAAAAAGUCGACUGAUGCGAAGUUUCUUGUAAAAUAACGUAAACCGGUAAAAUGUGUAAAUAAAUUAUACUAAUUUUGUAAUAA